AACGCGCACAGAGCGGCUAUUGUUAGCCGGGCAGCCCGCAGGUUGCCUCUCUCAUGCACUUGAUCCCCGGCUACCUGUUGCACGGUUCCCGCAGUCUUUCGAUCCCCUGCAAAAGUCGCUGUUUCGGAGCGAGCCGCGGCCAGGUGAGCGACGGAAAAUUCUCCUCGGGGAAAAGAAGCGAAGUUAAGCAAGACGGAAACGGGGAGGCAAAAAAAACGAGAUCACAACAGGUUCCAAUGUUUUAGCGGUUUGACGUGCUAACGAGACGCGCAAAAAUGCCGCUGGGCCCGUGGAGGAAGAAAAACAAGUCGACCAAGGAGCACCUGGUGGACAACGAGGAGGUCGGCGGCGGCCACCACGCAGGCGCGACUGGCUCUCUGCUCGCCGGCAAUAAGUUGGCGUCGAACGACGCCGUGGGGUUGCCGCCGCCUCCUGCCAACCUGCGGCCCAAACUGGUCUUUCACACGCAGUUGGCCCACGGCAGCCCCACCGGGAGAAUCGAGGGCUUCUCCAACGUCAAGGAGCUGUACGGCAAGAUUGCAGACGCCUUUAAUAUCAGCCCACCCGAAAUCCUCUUCUGCACCCUCAACACGCACAAGAUCGACAUGGAAAAGCUGCUGGGCGGCCAGAUCGGCUUGGAGGACUUCAUCUUCGCCCACGUCCGGGGCAUCAAGAAGGAGGUGGAGGUGUUCAAGUCGGAGGACGCGCUAGGCCUCACUAUCACUGACAACGGCGCGGGGUUUGCCUUCAUCAAGCGCAUUAAAGAGGGCAGCGUGGUGGACAAGGUGAAGGUGAUCUGCGUGGGCGACCACAUCGAGCGCAUCAACGGUUGCAACAUCGUGGGCACGCGCCACUAUGAGGUGGCCCGCAUGCUCAAGGAGCUUCCCAGGAACGAGACCUUCACCCUCAAGCUGGUGGAGCCCAUGAAAUCCUUUGAAAUGCUGGAGCCGAGGUCCAAGGGCGCCAAGCCCAGCGGUGACAGCAAAAUUGUGAACGGCAAGGGAACGCUGAGACUUCGCGCCAAGGGCCCCGCGACACUGGAGGACGAGCCGACGGAGUUUGAAGAGAAAGCGGUGAAGAAGGUGGAUGACCUGCUGGAGAGCUACAUGGGCAUCAGAGACACAGAACUUGCGGCCACCAUGGUGGAGGUGGGCCGUGACAAGAACAAUCCUGACGAGUUCGCCAUGGCGCUGGACGAGACCCUCGGCGAUUUCGCCUUCCCGGAUGAGUUUGUCUUUGACGUCUGGGGCGCCAUCGGAGAUGCCAAGCAGGGAAGGUUCUAGGUUGACAACCCGCCCUUGAAAAACACACAUGCACAAGUGAGUCUCUGUGAUGCUUUGGCGAAGUGCACGGGACACUUCUCCUGCCUAAACACGUAAUAGCCGUGUCAUUUUUAAUACCACUUUUUUUUAAUAGUUUUUUAAUAUAUACAUAUAGUGAUCACGCUGAUUUGUCAGCUGUAAUUUUAGCGAUUUAUUUGCGUUUGGUCGCUUUCAACGGGACAUAGUAUGUUAAAUGGACUUUUUUAAUUGCCUGUACACAAACAGUUGGGUGAUCCAUGUGAAAUUAAACAAACAAGUAAAUAUUUUGUCAGCUGCCUGUUUUCCCAAAAUGACUCAAUUUUGAUCAUUUAUGCAAUCUUGCCUCUGACUUUAUGAUCAUGAUUUUGCAGCUAGGCAGGGUGAAAUUGCCAUUUUCAAGUGAUCAAGUGAAUUGCUGGAGUGUUUUGGGAGUCACAACAAAAGCUGUACUUUGUAGUGGGGGGGUUGAUCAAUCACCCCCUCAAAACCAGUUAAUUUAAUUUACAUGAAAAACAGGCUUAUUUAAAUGUUCAUCAUUUAAAAUGUAAUUUUUUUCUGCCAUCACAACAAGAAGGGAAUUACUGCUUCUGGACAAUAAAAGUGUAUUUUCAAAAUUUCCAUGUAUUUCACUCACAAAGACAAUUGGCGCACGCACAAUGUUCACUACAACAAACCUUUAUUUGUAUGCGGAGUAUAAAAUAAGAGGCAAAAAAUAACAGGAGAAAUAAAUGUGCAAAAUAAAUACACGUUAGUCUUUGGAACCAUGAGGUGUGUUCAAAGUUAGUAGAUAUAAGUAGUCUUGGCAUUUAAGGGUUUUGCACGUGAUUACUAUGGUUUCCCAAUAUAUACUUAACAUUAACGCUAAAGAUUAAAUUCACAGCAACAAAUGUGACUAUGUGCCGACUUGACUAACAGUUUU